CGUGGCGUUUGUUGGUCAAAUAAUAUUUAUUUAGUUGACCCAGCGGUUGUCGUGGCAAUUAAUUACAAAGAAAAAAAUAUCCCAACCAAACUUGGAAAGCAAAACAUUUUUAGAUUGUGGUUUUAAUAUUUUAGUAUACUACGAAAAAGUUAAAUUUUGUUAGGGUUCGGUGAAAAAUGUGUUAAACUGGUGAAAAAGUAACAAAGUGUACACAUUAUAUGCACACACACGCAAGACCAAAAAUCUCCGUCAAUUACGUUGUGAAAAUUUUUAUUACUGGUCAUUAAUGAUGGUUAUUUGAGUAUUGUUAAUCAUCGAAUGUGCUUAGUAUUUAAUUAGUCGAAAUCGUAAAAUAAAAUAUCUGCAUUUUAUUUCGGACAAAACAAUGCCAAGCCAGCGAAGGUUUUAAAGUUUGUAAAAAUGAAGAAAUCAGCGAAAGAAACCAAAUAAUAAUAGUGCGUGUAUACACAUACAUACAUAUUACAAUGAUGAAAUUAUGGACUUUUGUUAAUUAAAUGCAUUUAAAACUCGUACGAUAACUCACGCGCACUUACAAUCGUAAACUUGCAUAUAUGGAAUUGAUCGGUAGUGAGCGAUGCCCAACGGAAAUCGAAAGCGGCCGGAUACGCUGGAAUUAGAGGUGCUAGGGCGCGCCAAGUCGUCUUCCGAUGAUGAGGAAUGUGCGGUCACAGCUCGUGUUCUACCAAAGUCGCAUCAAAAGCAUUAUCAGCUACAACCAGAACAAGAGAAGCACUCGCCAAAGCCACAAUCCUUCAAUGUCGACAAAUUGGAGAGCACAUCCGAUGACAAUGCGCGAUCGUCGGUGUCAUCGCCACAACCACAGCUGCAUACAAGUCGAAGGCGUCGCAAAAGACGCCCCCAUCGAUGGUUUCAUCUACGUCGAAGACCACGAGCCGCCCCUGCAGACACGACGGAGCUCACACAUCUACCCGCGUGCGAAAUCAGUGCCACAAAUACCGGCACUACGAACACUGCCACCGCAUCGCUAGCCAAGCCCGAAACACCGGUCAUCGCCAACUCGACCACCACCAUCACUACAACGCUGCCUACAAGUGUGACAAUACCCGACGUUGCAGCUGUGCUCCCGCGACACGACUCCAAAAAGCGUCGAACUCGCACACAAACCGAUAGUCUCUACAGUCUCGCUACGCUUGCUCAAACGAACGAGAUCCAACGAGCACAGCAACACUCCGAACCGAAUGUGUCCAGAGCGCUAGCCAGUAGCACGGGUGACCACUUACCGUGGUCAUGUUCGAUGGCCAACGCAAAUAUCACACAAGAAGAAGCAGCAGCGGCAAUUUAUUCAAACGAUGACACUGUCACUAUCCAACAGGCGACUCGGGCAUUUCACGAGCUUGGCGGCCGCGAACAUAUAUUGCUCACUUCUGAGCUGGCAACGUCAGCGGAGGAAGUGAUCGAUGGCGUGAUGCAGCCACCAACGAAGGGUUUCAAGGCAUGGCUAAUGUCUGUUUUGGGCAAGUUGUCUGGCUGGAAGCGCAGAGAGUGCGUGCGGCGACGUUCUCGUUCUACGCACACCGCAAUGGACACGGCGGCGGCGGAUGAUGCGGCAUUUGGUGGCAAUGGUGGAGCGGAAAGCUUAGGCGAACAUAAAAGUCUGAACGCUAGUGGCGACUUAGAAGCGUUGUCAGCAACGACGAAUACAGUAAACGGCGCUGGCGGUGGAAAUGGAAUACGUCGAUUGUCACAGAUGCGACGCCGACGCAGCUCAUAUUACUUUUCUGAGAAUGAACGCAGAAUUCGAGCCAACGACCGAGAAUUUAAUGCACAAUUUAAAUACGCCGAUAAUUUCAUUAAAACGUCCAAAUACACACUGCUGACUUUUUUGCCAUUUAAUUUGCUCGAACAAUUUCAACGUCUUGCCAAUUUCUAUUUCCUGUGCUUGUUGGUGCUGCAACUCAUACCCGCGAUAUCAUCAUUGACGCCCGUUACCACAGCCAUACCGUUAAUUGGCGUAUUAACUUUGACAGCGGUUAAGGAUGCGUAUGAUGACAUUCAACGCCAUCUGUCGGAUUCUCAGGUGAAUAAUAGACGAUCAAAAACAUUACGUAAUGGUCAGUUAAUCGAUGCAAAAUGGUCAGGAGUACAGGUUGGCGAUGUGAUACGUUUGGAGAACAAUCAAUUUGUGGCUGCCGACAUACUCUUGCUGACCACAUCCGAACCGAAUGGUUUGUGUUUCAUCGAAACAGCCGAAUUGGAUGGUGAAACAAAUUUGAAAUGUAAGCAAUGCCUGCCUGAGAUCACAGAGCUUGGCCAGCGACAUGAUCUUUUGUGGAAUUUCAAUGGUGAAAUUAUCUGCGAACGGCCAAAUAAUCUACUUAACAAAUUCGAGGGUACACUUAUAUGGCGAAACCAAAGAUAUGCGCUGGACAAUGAAAAAAUCCUACUUAGAGGCUGUGUACUACGCAAUACGCAGUGGUGCUAUGGAGUUGUUAUAUUUGCGGGCAAAGACACCAAACUUAUGCAGAAUUCAGGCAAAACGCAAUUCAAAAGCACCGGCGUUGAUAGACUGUUAAAUUUUAUUAUAAUUGGGAUUGUACUUUUUCUACUUUCCAUAUGCGCGUUUUUUACGCUGGCCUGUGCCAUUUGGGAAAGCUUUAUUGGACAGCAUUUUCAGGUGUACUUACCGUGGGAAAAUAUCAUACCAAAAAAUGUUGCGCAGGGUUCCACCGUUAUCGGCCUGUUGGUGUUCUUUUCCUAUGCAAUCGUCUUAAAUACUGUUGUGCCAAUAUCUCUCUACGUUUCAGUAGAGGUUAUACGUUUCGCCCAAUCAUUUCUAAUCAAUUGGGAUGAGGAAAUGUACUAUGAACCUUCGAAAACUCAUGCCAAAGCACGUACCACCACACUCAACGAGGAGUUGGGACAAAUACAAUAUAUAUUUUCGGAUAAAACCGGUACACUAACACAAAAUAUAAUGACCUUCAAUAAAUGCAGUAUUAAUGGGCGUACCUAUGGUGAUGUAUUCGACCUGCGCACGGGCGAAGUUAUCGAAGUUACUGAU